UCAAACAGAACCUGUUCACAAUUGUUGUGCUCCUUUUUUACUCUAAAAGGACAUAAAAUCUUUUGGGUUUUUAAAAAAUGAGUUGCUGUAAUAGCCACGCUCAGGUGCAAAAACUGGUGGAGCAGCUUCGGGUGGAGGCAAGCAUGGAGAGAAUUAAGAUCUCCCUCACAGCAGUAGACUUGGUCCAGUACUGCCAGGACCACAAGCGGAGUGACCCUCUGCUUACCAGAAUUGCAGCCUCCUCCAACCCAUUCAAAGAUAAGAAGACCUGUGUGCUGCUUUGAGACACCAAAAUACUCCUGCUUUGUUGUCAAUCUACAUCUUAAGUGCAACAAUUGUAAUGUGCUUUAAACGUAAUUAUUUUCUGUCACGCCAUUGAGGGACAGAAAUGUUUAUUCUCCUGUCCCCAAAAUACUAUUGAGAAACUGAUUAUAUACAUAUUUGGUGUGGCAUCUGUAAUGAUGCAGACUCAGCAUCAGUCCUGUGUGAUGAAGAGAGAGCUGAGCUGAAAGGCAAAACUCUCAAUUGUAUUCUGUAUAUUGUACAUAUAUUGUAUAUAUAUUGUAUAAUGACA